AUGUUUGCACUUUCUAUCAACGACCAAGCCCGGUUCGAAACCACCAAACGCCUCCUGGGCCAGCUAGUGAAUGAGCGCCUGGUCUCGGCGACUUCGGUGACCGAACCUUCCACAGGAACGCGUUACUUGUGCAUCUGCAACCCGAAGACUUCCGAUGGAUCUGCCUGCCAGAGACGAGUCAAGGUCGAAAUUCAUGCCGAGGCCCGUGUCAAAUCGAAGGAUGGGUUCGUGGUUUCUUGGAUCCGACCUCAGAUUCUAGAGCCGAGGGUGCUCUUAUGCGACAAGGACGAAGAAAUUUCCGAGUUGGAUCCCAAAAGAGUGUUCAGAUUUAUUUCACCGUGGCUUGCAGACGAUUCAAAUGGGGAAGCUACUCAGCGAGUCGAGGCGGAAUUGGAACUUGCUGCUGCUUUUCAAGUGAAAUGGCUCGAAAGAAACAUGUCUUCUCGACCACCUAGCAUAGGGUCUCGAACAAUCGAUUGGGAGCAGGCCGUCACAUUUGGCCAUCCAAAUCAUCCAGUACGUCCCCUUCAGGACUGGGAGGCCCGGAAGCUGACAUCUCCCAUCUCAAAGAUGCAUAGGUGCUGCAGGUCCUUACCAUCAAUACCUAGCGUCAGCCCAAAUGAUCUUUCCACCCUCCUCUCGCCCAACAUCGCUUUCGUAUCAGUCCCCCAAGACGAUAUCCUCGUAAAGGGACCAUUCGAACAAUCUCUCCGACCUUUACUUGAGCGCCUCCAAGUGCCUCCACCGGCGGAAGACGAUCGACUUGUCAUCCCUUGCUUUGAGCGCCAGCUCCCGCUGAUAUACAAGUCAUUCCCGCGAGUCACCCUUCUGAAGGUUUUCACAGGAUGUGCGGAUGCGGAAGCCAGCAUUCGAUCUGUUCGCCUCAAACCACAUAUUGCAUCGCCCUAUUUAUUCAAAAUGUCGCUUGCCUGUCAGAUCACGGCCGCAUUGAGGAUAAUUACUCCGUGGGAUGUUUUUCAGACAGCUCAGACGACAAAGAUCUUGGAUAAGAUCCGGCCGAGCUUUUGGGUGUUCAGAGAAAUCGCUGCUGUGUGUGGCAGUCAAAAUAAUUACAGAGAGGCGUCCGACAUGGCUUGUAUUCUGAGAGAGGAUCUCGAGCUUCGGGCAAGGGAUAAUGAUGAAACGAUGAUUAUUGUGGGGUCGCUUGUUGAGCCCAUACCCGGGAGCUCCCAGACUCGACUGGAAAGGCUGUUCGGACUGGACACUAUCGACCAAAAGCGAAAGUGGAUGAGAAAUUAUACGAGAACACUUUUCGAAGCUGUUUUCCCGAUUCUAUCUGAAUAUGGAAUCUCAUUGGAGGGUCAUCUGCAGAAUUUCGUCGUUCGGGUCUGCAAUAAGACAAAGGACAUCAAAGGUCUCGCUUACAGGGAUUUCGGGGGAGUGCUGAUGCACAAAUCUACCUUGCGCGAGAAAGGGUUCAAUGUCGACUGGAUGCAUCCAAACGGACGAAUCCUUACCGACGAUCGUGAAUUUAUCUGGCAGCAGACUCACCACACGGUCAUUCAGAGCCAUGUUGGAAACGUGCUUCACGCCCUUCGUCUAGAGACAAAUGGAGGAUGGGCGAUUGUUAGAGAAGAGCUGACACAUAUACUGAUUGAGAGAGACCGCAGUGAGACCAAAAAGAAGGUAUACGAGUAUAUGACCAGGGAAUUCAUGGAUGUAAAGUGUUAUUUUGAUAUGAGGAUCAAGGAUACGCGGUUGGUGAGUAAUCUUGCCUCAUUUUUGUCACGAGAAAUUCUAAUAGAGCCGGUUUUCAAGGAAAUCAUGAAACAGAUUCCGAACAUCCUAUUAUCUUGA